GUACCUACAAGUGCAAACUAGGUCCCUCUUGUGUAUAAUUAUGUGCUGAUUAAGCUGCCACAGUGUGUAUCGGUGUGCCUGGUUGCGCUAUUACAAGGACACCACCCCAAUCCAGUGUUUGAUACUUAUUACUGAGCUCUCUGUACUAUUGUUUUAAAGGAACAUUCAUACCUUUACAUCAAUCGAAAAACACAUGCACAAAAAUAUAUUUAUAUAUAUAUAUAUUAUCCGACUACAACCAUCAUCGAUAUGAGCACAAGCACGAGCUCGCUUGCAGAGUAUGGGGGAGUGGUGGACAUGGAGAUACAUACGGAUUCACAAUCGCCCUCGAAAGCACACCACACGGAGAAUAUAUAUAGUGUGUCAGAUGUAGGAACUCACUACUCUCACAGUAGUGCACACCGAACACUACACGGGAAUAACAACACACCCAUACAUACAGACACAUAUAACGCUAUGGGUGGUGGUAUACGUACGCAACAAGCACAAGCACAGCAUGGAACACAACCUAGUGAUGUAUUCAGAUUUGGUGCUCAACCAAAUGCACCACCGGUGUUUGUUUUCGGACAGAACAUCUCUACGUCUGUGAAACCUAGUCAAGCUGCGACGAAUACGAAUUUGACUGCAAAACCGGUUUAUAGUCCGGGUGCAGCAUUUGGGUCCGAUCGCACGAACACAAUACCGCCAACAGAUAGAGGGUCACAUUCAGGCGUCAAUAUGAGUGCGAAGAUUAACAUCAAACCUGUGUUGAAGAGCCAUGUAAACACACACACACCACAGAACACAACAAACGUACGGGUGGGCGAUGAAACAACGCCUAUCAAUAAUGCGAACACAACUAGUAAUGGAGUUGGUGGGAGCGUUUCUGAGGGGUUCGGGUUAUUCGGUCCGGCGGCUACCACACCAGCGAGGAGCCACAAUAGUAGCGGGACUCGCGAGAGAGUACGACCAGUCAGUGCUAAAAAGCCCACACACCAACCCAAGUACAUCAUCAUAGACAGUGAUAGUGAUGCAGGGGUAGGUGGACAGGGAAGUAGUGUGAACACUGGGCCGAAUGCUGAAUAUGCUUGCAGAGACACGAGUGCACCAUCACACACAAGUGGAAUGAACAGUAGAUAUGGAAAGCCACGCGUAAGUGGAGAGGGUGUGAGGAAAUCGAAUGUAAAUGCGAAUGCGAAUGCGAAUGCGAAUGCGAAUGCGAAUGCGAAUGCGAAUGCGAGUGCGAAUGCGAAUGUGGAUACACGCGCAUCGGGACUAAGCAGUCCUCCAGAAUUGUGUGUUAGGACUCAGGCACUGGGUAAUGUGUAUGUGUCCGGUAGUAAAAGUCAGAAAAAUCGGGACAAAGCGGUACCGAAGGCCGCUGUCACGGAGUAUAUCAAUCUGAUAAGUAGCGAGGAAGAGGAGCUGGGUAAUGCAACGUUUGCGCAGAAUAAACAAACACCGCCAAAGGGACCACAUACGUUACACACACCUGCACGGCCGCAGGCAAAGCCUUCACCACGCACACAAGUGCACCUGCACGCACGUGCGCAGAAUAUGCAUCAGCAGGCACAAGAAUUACAGGCAUCGGAACGACAGGAAAAGCUCAUGAGAGAGAAACAGCGUGAGCGGCAACAACAACAACAACAACAACAACAACAGCAAACACAACAAACACAACAACAAAAGCAAGCUCAGCAACGUACCACCACCUUACACGGACCUUCAUAUGCACACAUACCCGCCCCUGCAAGCGCCUCAAGGAACGAACCAAGAUCACCCGAGCACACAGACGCUGAGGUGCCUGUGCCUGUGCUAACACCGCAGACGGAGAGUAUACGGAGUGCUCUGUACUCGUCAUCCAAGAAACCUCGGCGAAGUACGAGCGAUACAUCGGAAGACGCGGGUAUGAAGCACGCGCAAAGCGGGACGAAUAACGGGACGCACAUGGAGCUGAGCCAGGACGGUGAUGUAUCGACUGUGACGGAUAUGGAUGAGCAUGUGGUUGCUACUGAGGCACAGGAGGGUGCGAGGCAGAGUUCGGGGAGUGCCAAUCCCCAGAUGCACGUGCACAGAUCUAGGCGUAGGCCAGGGCAUAGGGGUGUACCAAGCACUAGGAAAGCACAAACACACCCCAGUCAGCCAACUCAGUCACCCAACCAGCAGCCACACGGGCAUACAGAACACACACGUGUACACAACGCACAUAGACACGUGGAGAGCGGGCAAACAGGGCGCAAUCAAACACAGAAACAUACUACUGCCCCUACACCGUCUGCGGCUGGUACAUCCCGCACAACGUCAAAGUCACCUACAGAUGGGCCGCGUGAUAGGAAAUCAUCGCAACCUUUGGUGGAGGGCGAAGCUCUCGCGUUCAACUUCGCAACGCUGUUUCAGGGUGCGCCGGUAAAGUUCGGUGCUAGUUCGCCAAUGAAGUUCGGUGCUAGUUCGCCAAUGAAGAUCGGUGCUAGUUCGCCAAUGAAGUUCGGUACUACUGCGGCAUCCCCCGCCGCGUAUGCAGAGCCGAAUGCCACAGAUACUCCACGGUUUGACGCUACGAAGGAACAGAAUGCUGGUAAUGGUCAAGCAGGUGUUGGCAAGGAUGCGUCUGAAGCUGGGAAAAGUAGUAGUAGCUUUGGUGUAGUGAAUGCAGGCUUGCCUUCCGGGGUGUUUCGAUUUGGUGCUAGCGAGCCAUCCCCUGGCGCGUUCAGCGGCGCAAAUACACAAACACGUGGAGUCAGUGAACACCUACCAAGCAAGAAAGGCGCACCCGUGCAGGGAAGCACUGAUGUGCCACAGUCGCCUAGUGCACACACGCGGGGCGUUGGUACGGGCCCAUUCGGAAACAGUUCUGAAUCACAGGACAAGAACGUUCGGGCAGGGCAAAGAACGCCCCUCGGUGGCGGUGUGAAUAGUGGUGCCUCCACACCACACACUGCUACACCCGCAUCGUUUGGGGUGGAGGGUGCGUUUGAACGGACUGAGACUGGGACAGCCUUGAGUGGCGAGGAGUAUAGCGCACAUGAGGAGGCACGUACAGCCAUGCCUGCACACGCACCGGCACAGGCACAACAAAGUAUGCAGGGAGAAACUAGCCGAUUUGGCAGAGAUGAUUUUGUUCUGAACGGUGAAACGCAGGCGCAUGCUGAGCCACACACACGUACAAGCACGGAUACACAUAUGGAUAGCGCAGACACACACAUGUACAGUACACAAGCACACACGCAGCCUACGCUGCCGACAGUGCCGGCAGAGGGAAGUUCGGUACCUGAUAGAGAUAGCGCGGCUAACGUGAUGGAUGUACACUGCACAUCGAAUACGAACACGUCGUGUCUGGAUGGCCUCGAGAAGUUGAGUGUAGCCGACAGCUCUGUGAGCGGGGCUGAGGAAUCGACGAUGGGUAUGGAGGAUGAUAUCUCAUCGAGGCAUAUGCAGAGUGCGCUGGAUUUACAGGACAAGGAGGGUAACACCGCCGAGAGUGGCAGCACGUCACAAAGUGGACUAUUAUUAAGUAGUGUGCACGGACAGCAAGAGCCAGCUCAUACACACGGACUAGCACAGCCAGACAACGCAAGUGCGUCCAGUCUGAGUGUCUUCAGCCACGGCUAUGGAGCCUCUCCACGCAAUCGCACACACACACACACCCACAUGCGCAAGCACAAGCACGUCCGCCACCAGUACUGGCGCAUGCUUCAGAAGCGAGACGACACGAUGGAGAAGUGUCCGUAUGUGACGGAGAAGCGGGCUUUGGGACGCACCCAGUUCAUGGCUCAGGACUACCAAGGUGCGAUUGUGGCGUAUUCGGAAGCCAUUGAGCACAUUGAAAUGGAGGAUCCAUCCGUGGCUGCCGAUACUGACGAGCUGAGCGUUUUUGUAUGUGCAUUAGUUGGCCUUCUGUUGUUUAUUCAUUAG